AUAAGCAAGCAUGCAAGAUUUUGCUGCAAUUCUUUCAUGGCAACUAGCACCAUUGCUCCCCCACCUGCUUUGAAACGCAGAAAAAUGUUUAUAGAUACAAGGGAAAUGGGGAAAGACAAAAAAAAUCCCAUUUGUUUUCCAGAGAUUCAAGUUAACUACACUGUACUUUUUCCUUCUUCUUUGUUCUUUCUGAACUAAAGCAGAACGUUUGUCAUGUUCCUAAUCAAGCAUUCAUAAGUCAUAAGCCCACCUUAUGUGAUUUGAAUCCAACUUGCCUUUCCAUUUUCCUGAUAUCCAAAUUAAGCUUUGCCAAUGGCCGUUGAAAUGUGGAGUUACGAGAACACCCUCAAGAUGUUUCCAAAUCUAGGCAGCCACGCCCGUACAGCUUCUGCUGGCUAACAUCAGCUUGGUGGCAGGUUUGGGUUCUCUGCUUAGCAUGUUCAAGCGGUAUGUUGCAGUAAUUUAAAAACAGGAAAAGUACAUUCCAGGAGGGUACUUUCGUCAUUAAAGUGGAAUAUAAAAACAAUUUUCUGGCUCUCUGCCCGAAGCUGGAUGUCUUUGGCACCUCUCAAAACUGCCAUCUCUGCUCUCUCUCUCCACCACCACGACCACCUCCAUCACUGAGUAAACAAACGAAGUACAGACAUUUUCAUGGUCAAAGAAGUUAAAAGUGUUAACUUGGGAGAAAACAUUUGAGGAAAAGGAGGUUUCUUUGCUGUGAAAGAUAGUUUCUUGAAGAUGAAAGACCCGCCGUUGGUGAAAGCUGCAGCGGUAAAAGCAACAGAUCUUUCGACAAAGUAAAUAACCCAGAAGUCACUUUCUUUUUGUAAAGCAGUUUCCAUCUUGCUGUUUGGUUAAGUUUCCAUCAAAGUUUAGAAAGAAGAAAGGGAACCAAAAAAAAAGAGUUGAUCUGUAGAAGAGAGGUGAGCAAGGAAAAAUGGGGUGUUGGUACUCGAGGAUUGAUAGAGAAGAGACUGUUUCACGUUGCAAGGCGAGAAAGAGAUACAUGAAACAAUUGGUUAACGCUAGACAAGCUCUUGCCGCGUCGCAUUCUAUGUAUCUUCGCUCUUUACGAGGCACUGGCUCGGCUCUCCUUCAAUUUUCCAACAACGAAACUACUCUCCACCUCCACCACCAUGUCCCUCCGCCGCCUCAACCGCCAGCACCGCCGCCGCCGCCAAUGAGUCCUGGUUCAGAUACUUGGACAUCUGCUACUACGGCCUCCCCUGCUCUGCCUCCGCCGCCUCCUCCACCUCCAUCGAGUAGCUGGGACUUCUGGGAUCCAUUCGGUCCGGCUACUGCGUCACGGUCAGCCACAGAGGAGGAAUGGGAGGCUGCUACGUUGGCAUCUGAGGUGGCGGUCACCGCUACAACCACCGCAACCGGGGCUGCGAGCAUGGCGGCGCCACCUUCUGUGGUGAGUGGAUUCUCGAAAGAUACCGGAAGCGAGCUGGCUAUGGUGGUUUCGAGGAAUAGUAAAGAACUGGUGGAGAUUGUGAAAGAGGUCGAUGAGUAUUUUCUUAAAGCUGCCGAUGCUGGUAGCCAGCUCUCGGUACUGUUAGAAGUUUCAAAUUCCAACUUUUCUAACCAAAGUAAAGGAGAUAAAGUGUAUAACUAUGGUUGCAAUCUGACCCCAACAACUUGGACAUGGAAUUGGAAUCCGAAAAUGGAAGGAAUUGGGAAGUUGGGAGAGGACAGGAUUGGAGGAAAUGUAGGUGGUAGUGUUCAUAGCAGCAGCCAUUGUUCUACCAUAGAAAGAUUGUACGCUUGGGAGAAGAAAUUAUACCAGGAGGUCAAGCAUGCGGAGGCUAUAAAGAUAGAGCAUGAGAAGAGGGUGGCCCAGCUGAGGAAGCUGGAGGUGAAGAGAGCUGACUAUGUCAAGACUGAGAAGACAAAGAAAGAAGUCGAAAAAUUAGAAUCCCAAAUGAUGGUUGCUGCUCAGGCCAUCGAGACUACAUCUACCGAAAUCAUCAAGCUGAGAGAGUCAGAGCUUUAUCCUCAACUCCUUGACCUUGUAAAAGGAUUGAUAUGCAUGUGGAGAAGCAUGUAUGAGAUCCAUCAAGUUCACACGCACAUAGUUCAGCAGCUCAAGUACCUCAACUUCAUCCCUUCCAAUGAGCCAACAUCUGAGAUUCACAGGCAAUCAACUCUUCAGCUUGAGCUUGAAGUCCAGCAAUGGCAUUUGUCGUUCUGUAACUUAGUCAAGGCUCAACGAGACUACAUUCAGUCACUUGCAGGCUGGCUCCGGCUUAGUCUUUUCCAGUUCAGCAAGAACCCACUUUUAAGAACCAGUCAGGAAUCGAAAAUCUACUCAUUUUGUGAAGAAUGGCAUCUUGCAGUUGACAGGAUUCCAGAUAAGGUAGCAUCUGAAGGGAUCAAGAGCUUCUUGACCGUAAUCCAUGCCAUCGUGGUUCAGCAAGCAGAUGAGUAUAAGCAAAAGAAGAAGGCAGAUUGUACAUUUAAAGAUUUUGAGAAGAGGGCUGCUGAGCUUAGAUCACUAGAAAGCAAGUAUGGCCCUUUUUCCAUGCCUGAAAUGAACAAGGACCCUGUUGCACAAAAGCGAGCAAAAGUGGAAAUGUUGAGAGCAAAGGCAGAGGAGGAGAAGAAUAAGCAUGAAAAGUCAGUGAGUGUAACAAGGGCGAUGACUUUGAACAACCUUCAGAUGGGGUUUCCCCAUGUCUUUCAGGCGAUGGUAGGAUUUUCAAGUGUAUGUAUGCAAGCAUUUGAAGCUGUAUACAACCAAGCCAAGAGUUUUGAUCAGGAGCAUGAUGUGAAGAGAAUACUCCCUUGAGAACAGACAAGCAUACGGGGCAAAAAUAAUGCUACCACCCAUGCCUGCUUUCGUGUAUAGAUGUUCACCCUGUUCAGUAGUUGGAUUGGAGUCCAGACUUCAGAGAAGGUGCUGCAUAGUUUUUGUUGGCCAUGCAGCUCCAUCUUAUGCAAACUCUCGAUGGAGAUGAUUAAAAUCCAAACAGUUUGAGAUGGUAUAGGAAGUAGAAAAAAUUUCCAUUGGGAAUCUAGCCUAGAUUAUCUAGGGGUUUUCCAAGUAGGAGCUUAGGAUCAUAUACCCUUGGUUUGUCUUUGUCAGAAUGCUAUGAAAUUUUUCUCUUUCAUGUUUUGCCCUUUUUGAAUUAUGAAAUUAUUUUUUAU